AUGUUGUUUGAUAAGUUGCUAAAUAAGAAAUUAAAGGCUGUAAAAACAGUGCAAAGACCAGAUCCAAGAGAAGUACUGCAUGCAGUAGUAUUUCAAAAAGCGACUCUCGUUAAAUUGUUAUGUAACUAUGAAGCCCCACCCUUCUCGCAAGAGUUGCCUUUGUUGUUGUAUUAUAUAGAAAUGAUAGUUAUGCUGUGA